CAUAAUUCUCACUUGGCUCCGUAAUGCUCAUCUGCUUGAGCUCGUUGAUCGGCUCCUGGAGCUGUUGUCGAUGUGUCUGACCAACCAACCUUCUCUUCGGUUGAGCUUUCUUAUGAAGCCAGACCUUUCCCUGACCAUAUCGCUCACUCUCUUUCGUCUAUCAAUCGUUUAGAUGCCCUCGUAGUGGGUGCAGGCUUUGCAGGUCUUUAUCAGCUCUAUCGUCUUCGCUCCCUGGGACUUUCCGUGAAGAUCUUCGAAGCUUCCUCCGAUAUCGGUGGGACAUGGUGUAUGAACCAAUACCCAGGUGUCCGCACUGACAGUGAGGCCGAAAUAUACCAAUAUGAAUUGGAAGAGUUAUGGAAGGACUGGAUCUGGAAGAAAAAAUAUCCUUCCGGAGAUGAGAUCCAAGCUUACUUCCGUUACGUUGACGAGAAACUCGAUCUCAAACGCGACAUCUACUUUGACACGCGAGUAGUGAGCGCGAAAUGGGACGAACCUUCGCGCCUUUGGAUCGUGUCCACAGCAAACGGAAUCUCUACUCACGUCCAAUAUUUAAUUUUGUGUACAGGGAGUCUCAGUAAACCCCUCAUUCCGGAUAUCAAAAAUCUCUCGGAUUUCGAAGGCCCUUGUUUCCAUACCUCUCGAUGGCCUCGAGAAGGCCUUGAUCUAACCGGGAAACGCGUCGCUGUUAUUGGUACCGGGUCAAGUGGGAUCCAAGUCAUUGAACACAUUGCUUCCCAAGUUCGGCACCUCACAGUAUUCCAACGAACUCCUAAUUUGGCUUUACCACUGAGCCAAAGCCACUUCCCUGAGGAGGAUCAAGCGGAAAUGAAGGAAACCGGCCUCUAUAAUCGUAUAUUUCGUCGACUUUCUGAGACAUUCGGUGGCUUUUUAUUCGACUUCCAACCCAUUCCCUUUAUCUCCGCCACAGCGGAAGAACGGAGGCUACUUUGGGAAAGUCAAUGGAAGACAGGCGGUUUCCACUUCUGGUUAGAAAACUACCCAGAUAUAUUCUCCGAUGAGGCGGCUAAUUCGGAAGCUUAUGCUUUUUGGCGAACCAAAGUUACAGAGCGUGUACAAGAUCCUGCUUUACACGAAAAGCUGGCCCCCUCCAUUCCUCCCCAUCCUUUCGGCAUAAAACGACCUGGCCUGGAGAAAGCCUACUUUGAAGUCUUUGACCGAGAAAAUGUGUCUCUCGUCGACGUGAAAGAGACUCCCAUCAAACGAGUUACACCAGACGGCCUGGAACUUCAUAGCGGUACCACUCACAUAUUCGACGUUCUCGUCCUCGCUACAGGGUUCGAGGGUCUUACUGGUGCUAUUCUCGAUUUGGAUAUCCGUGGCUCUAACGAUAUCUCUAUCCGUGAAAAAUGGAAAAGUGGUGUAUGCACGAAUAUCGGAAUGAUGACCUCGGAUUUUCCAAAUUUAUUCUUUGUCUACGGACCCCAGGCUCCUUCUCCGCUAGCCAAUGCUACUAGUCUUAUCCCUCAACAAAGCGGUUGGAUCGCGAAUUGCAUCAAGCUUAUGCAAGACAACAACUAUAGUCGCAUUGAAACCAAGCGAGAUGCGGAAGAAGUCUGGCGCAAUCUCGUCCUCGAGAUCGCGUCGAAGAGAUUGUGGUAUCGAGGCUGAAAGUUCUUGGUACACCGGAAGCAAUAUGGCUGCCAGCACAAGGCGUACCGAAAUGUUGGCCUUUUCUGGAGGAUUACCUUCCUAUCUCGAAAAGUGCGCGGAAGCUGCAGCUAACGGAUACCAAGGAUUUAAACUAGAUAGAUAGAUACGCGGCUCCGUCGAGGACAGGGUCCCACAAGGGAACAGCCGGGCCCAUCCAUCUCCACUGCAACGAAUGCUCAUCCAACAUGGUAU